CGCGAGAUCGCAAACAGGCAAACCCGAGAACAGCGAGAAAAUGAAGCUGCUGGUCGUGUGUCUAGUUUUCGUGGCGGCGAUUUCUGUCGCGACGGGUCAAAACAGAUACGUCGCUAAGCAAGGCUCAUGUCCACCUGCCUUACCUGUGCAAUUCUGCGGCCAUUCCUGCUUCGUUGACUCACACUGCGCGGGAAUCGGCAAGUGUUGCCCGACUCAAUGCGGCGGUUCCAUAUGCUCCAUGCCUGUCACGAUGACCCGGCCUGGCCAGUCAGAGAAACCAGGAUACUGCCCGUCGCAACCGACAGGCAGAUGGGUGUGCACGUCAACCUGCAGCAGCGACAACGAUUGCAAAGGCAACCUAAAGUGCUGCAAAAACCGAUGCGGAGCCCUAUCUUGCCAGAGGCCGGAAAUCGAAGUGUUUGAACCCGUUGAAAAUCCGGUUGAACCGGUCGCUCCGCGUCUUGGGUUUGAUUAUUAAGAAACUGCUGAUCUAUUCAUUUUUGCACAUACUGUACGCAUAAUUAACAUAAUGCUGCUAUUGAUUGCGCAAACAUUACGUCUGCUCAACGAUAAUACGUCUUUUAAUCUACGAUUUUUACGUCUCAAACCUCACCUUGCGAGGUCGACAUAUUCGAUAUUUGUGCCAUGUUACUCCGAAUGCCAAAAAUAUUAUUUAUGUACUUUUCUACAAAAUAUAAAAUGUCUUAAACUAA